AAAUCCGCGGCCUGCUGGGCUCGCGCUGCCUGGGGACGCCCGGACUGGGAGGCAGGGCGGCCCGGGCCCGGCGGCGGCGGCGGCGGCGGCCGCGGGAGACCUCGUCCGGACGCUCCAGUGCGUGAGGCCGCGGAGGGGCAGGGGCUGGGAAGUGGGGGUUUCCUAAGGCACAAUCUCCCUCCUCCGUACCUGAAUAUUAAGAAAAAUAAGGUGGUGUGGGAAGGCCUUGAGCUUGCCGUGUGGAGGUGAGACGGUUUAAGCGGAAGCAUCUUACAGCCAUUGACUGCCAACAUUUGGCUCAGAGUCACUUGGCUGUGAUCCAGCCCUACAGCCAAAGAUGGACCAACAGAGACCCGAACUCCAGUCUCUAUCCUAGACCCAGAACAAAAAGCAGAACUAGGGGUCAAAGAUGGCAAAGAUACAACACUGAAUUCUUCCCAGCUGGCCAGGAGUGGCGCACCAAUGACAUGGCCAAAAGCAAUUCUGUGGGCCAGGACAGCUCUAAGGACUCGGAGGGGGAAAUGAUCUUUGUUGCAGAGAGCAAUUGUGCCCUGCCUCAGGAAAGUGAUGGAGAAGCAACUCUGAGCUUGUCAGGCUCUGCUCUGCCUGUGAGGAAGCGGUCUCGAUCCUUUGAGGAUGAGAGGAAUCAAGCUUCAGGGACUGGUCAGUGCGAUGGGGUUUCUAAGAAAACCCCACGGCACCGAUUGUCCCUGUCAUGCAUAAGGCCUAGGGAAGCUAGGCACGAAGCAGAGGACUGUGUGUCACAGCUCUCCGCAGGAUCUGGAAACUCCAGCCAAGAGGUGGAGGACACUGGUCCUGAUCCCAUUCCUGACUCUUACUAUGGGCUUUUUGGGACCUCACCCUGUCAAGAACCCCAGAGCCACAUCUGUAGCCUGCCUAGUGAAGUCCUGAGGCACGUCUUUGCUUUCCUUCCUGUGGAGGAUCUCUACUGGAAUCUGAGCUUGGUGUGCCACCUCUGGAGGGAGAUCAUCAGUGACCCACUGUUCAUUCCUUGGAAAAAGCUGUAUCAUCGAUACCUGAUGAACGAAGAGCAAGCUGUCAGCAAAGUGGAUGGCAUCUUACUGAACUACGGCAUAGAAAAGGAGUCAGACUUGUGUGUGCUGAACCUCAUCCGCUACACAGCCACCACUAAGUGCUCCCCAAGUGUGGAUCCUGGAAGGGCACUGUGGAGUCUGAGGGAUCAUGUCCUCCUUCCUGAGGCGGAAGCAUGUGUACGGCAGCACCUCCCGGACCUCUAUGCUGCAGCUGCGGGUGUCAACGUGUGGGCUUUGGUAGCAGCCAUUGUCCUCCUGUCCAGCAGUGUGAAUGACAUCCAGCAGCUGCUCCUCUGCCUCAGGAGACCUGGUUCCACCGUGACCAUGCCGGAAAUCACUGAGACCUUAUACUGCAUCGCAGUGCUGCUCUACGCCAUGAGGGAGAAAGGGAUUAACAUCAGCAAUCGGAUUCACUACAACAUUUUCUAUUGCCUGUAUCUUCAGGAGAAUUCCUGUACUCAGGCCACAGAAGUUAGAGAGGAACCUUCAGUCUGGCCAGGCAAGAAAACAAGCAUCCAACUUACACAUGAACAGCAGCUGAUUCUGAGCCAUAAGAUGGAACCUCUCCAGGUGGUAAAAAUUAUGGCAUUUGCAGGCACCGGGAAGACCUCUACCCUGGUCAAGUAUGCGGAGAAGUGGUCUCAGAGCAGGUUUCUGUAUGUGACCUUCAACAAGAGCAUUGCCAAGCAGGCCGAGCUAGUCUUCCCCAGCAAUGUCAUCUGCAAAACCUUUCAUUCCAUGGCCUAUGGACACGUCGGGCGGAAGUACCAGUUAAAGAAGAAAUUGAAUCUCUUCAAGUUAACACCCUUCAUGGUCAAUGCUGUCCUUGCUGAAGGGAAAGGCGGAUUCAUAAGGGCCAAGCUAGUAUGUAAGACUUUGGAGAACUUCUUUGCCUCAGCUGAUGAAGAGCUGACUAUUGAUCAUGUGCCUAUUUGGUGUAAGAACAGCCAAGGACAGCGAGUCAUGGUUGAACAGAGUGAAAAACUGAACGGUGUCCUUGAAGCAAGCAGACUUUGGGACAACAUGCGGAAGCUGGGGGAAUGCAAAGAAGAGGCUUACCAAAUGACUCAUGAUGGCUACUUGAAACUCUGGCAACUGAGCAAGCCUUUGCUUGCUUCCUUUGAUGCCAUCUUUGUGGAUGAGGCCCAGGACUGUACUCCAGCUAUCAUGAAUAUAGUUCUGUCUCAGCCAUGUGGGAAAAUCUUUGUAGGGGACCCACACCAACAGAUCUAUACCUUCCGUGGUGCGGUCAACGCCCUGUUCACAGUCCCUCACACUCACGUCUUCUAUCUCACACAGAGUUUUAGAUUUGGUGUGGAGAUAGCAUAUGUGGGAGCUACCAUCUUGGAUGUCUGCAAGAGAGUCAGGAAAAAGACUUUGGUUGGAGGAAACCAUCAGAGUAGCAUUCGAGGUGAUGCAAAGGGGCAGGUGGCCCUGUUGUCCCGGACCAAUGCCAAUGUGUUUGAUGAGGCUGUACGGGUGACCGAUGGAGAAAUACCUGCCAGGAUACAUUUGAUAGGGGGGAUAAAAUCGUUUGGAUUGGACAGAAUCAUUGAUAUUUGGAUCCUUCUUCAGCCAGAGGAAGAACGGAGGAAACAAAAUCUCAUUAUUAAAGACAAGUUUAUUCGAAGAUGGGUGCACAAAGAAGGCUUCAGUGGCUUCAAGAGGUAUGUGACUGCAGCCGAGGAUAAGGAGCUAGAAGCAAAGAUUGCAGUUGUUGAGAAGUAUAACAUCAGGAUUCCAGAAUUGGUGGAAAGGAUAGAACGGUGCCAUAUAGAAGACUUGGACUUUGCAGAGUACAUUUUGGGCACGGUGCACAAAGCCAAAGGCUUGGAGUUUGACACUGUGCACGUUUUGGAUGACUUUGUGAAGGUGCCUUGUGCCAGGCACAACCUUGCACAGCUGCCACACUUCAGAGUGGAGUCGUUUUCUGAGGAUGAAUGGAAUUUACUGUAUGUUGCAGUAACUCGUGCUAAGAAGUGUCUUAUUAUGACCAAAUCAUUGGAGAACAUUUUGACUUUGGCUGGGGAGUACUUCUUGCAAGCAGAGCUGACGAGUAAUGUUCUAAAGACAGGAGUGGUCUGCUGCUGUGUGGGGCAGUGCAGCAAUGCCAUCCCCGUGGACACUGUGCUCACCAUGAAGAAGCUCUCCAUCACUUACAGCAACAGGAAGGAAAACAAGGGUGGCUACCUCUGCCACUCCUGCGCAGAACAGCGCAUCGGGCCCUUGGUCUUCUUGACUGCCUCCCCUGAGCAGGUACACUCCAUGGAACGCACCGUGGAGAACAUCGUGCUGCCCAGGCACGAAGCCCUGCUCUUCCUGGUCUUCUGAAAGCCAGGAGGAGCUUUCUGCACAGUACAGAAUGCCUUGUGUGGACUCCAGUUACUUGAAGAAAGCCAGUGUGGGAUAGGGUUCUCACUCACCUGAGACUCUGAAUUCACUCACAGAGCAGAGCAGUUUUUGAGGAAGACGAAGCCAACAAGAGUUGGACCUGCCAUUUCUCCAUUCCCUGUAGGUAGCCAGUUUCCCCUGCCCCUCCUCCUUAAGCAUCAGGCUGGGGAUGUGGGGAUAUUCUUUUGAUAAAAAAAAAAAGUUGCAUUUUAUGUAUUUAAACUUUUAUUACGAGGUUUCAAUUAAAUGCAUUGUAGCACUGGCAUACCAGUGUGUGA